AUGGCGCCAAUUCCUAUCACUAUCGUUACAGGGUUUUUGGGUUCAGGUAAAACGACACUGAUUCUGAACCUGAUCCCUCAACUUCGCGCCCAGAACCCAGACUAUAAGCUCGCGCUUCUCAAGAACGAAUUCGGCGACCUUGCGGUCGACUCACAACUCGCCGCCAACUCUGCCAUUUCGGGUGUCCAGGAACUCCUCAACGGCUGCAUCUGCUGUAACCUCGUCGGUCAACUCGGCCCCGCGCUCGAAGAACUAGAAAAGACCGUCACACCCGAUCGAAUCGUUGUUGAAACCAGCGGCUCGGCUUUCCCCGCGACCCUCGCUCUCGAAGUCAACCGUCUUGCGCGUGAGUCCGGCAAGUACAUCCUCGACGGUGUCAUCAGCGUCAUUGACGUCGAGAACUGGAAGGGUUAUGAGGACACUAGCUAUACGGCGCGCAUUCAGGCGCGCUACACCGACCUCAUUGUCUUCAACAAGUGGGAAAAUGUCAGCAUGCUGCGAUACGACGAAUGUCUCGACCGAGUCGGCGAUCUGGAAGUUGACGUUGCCAAGGUCAAGAGCGACAAGGGCAAAGUGUCGAUGGACUUGAUCUUUGGUGUGGAUGGUGGUUUGGCGAAGGAGUUGACAGAGGCAGAUGUUGAAAAGACCAAUGGCCACAGUCACGGCAAUUCCAACGGCACAACAAACGGCCAUUCUCAUAACCACCAAAGCGAAGUCGAGGUUUUGUCAGUUGUCCUGAAAGCUGAUCCUUCAGCACGAGUUUCGACAGAAAAGCUCAUUGCCUUCCUCUCCUCCGCCCCCAAAGACGAAGCCUACCGUAUCAAGGCUCUUGUCUCACUCUCAUCAACGCCCACAAACUCCGAUCCCGAUAUUCCUCCACCAGAGCCAAGCACCUCCGGUCGAUAUAUCCUCAACUGGGCAUUUGGCCGCUGGACGUUCACACCCAUUGCGGAAUCGCUGCAGGAGCAUGACUCGAGCAGUGAUGUUACACUACGCAUGACGAUAAUUUUUGCGCGAUAUGAGAGCAACAAGUGGAAGAAGAGAAUUGAAGCUGGUGGGUUGAUAGAAUUAGAGGGUGGAGAUUCAAGCGAUUUGACUGUUACAAAAAUUCUAUAA